CCUUUCCCCCCCCCCUCUUCUCUUUCUCAGUCUAGUCUCUCUUUCUUCAACGGUCUCCAUUCUCUUCUUUUUAACGACUCUCUUUUCCUCAAAACCUCGGAUUGAUUCCGUCAGACUGCUACAUUCUCUCUCAACUGUUCUCUGUGCUAGAGACGUUGCUUCGUUCUUUCGAACCCAGUCAUUCUUUAUCCCAAGUUGUUGCGAAUCGAUUUCGCCGCUCACAUUCGUUGACCAACACCCCCCCCCGCAGUCUCUACCUACCUUACAAUCCAACACCACCCAUCUUACACAAACCCCCCAAAUCAUCGACAUGCAGCUCACUACCAAGGUCUCUGUCGCCCUUCUGGGUGCGCUCGCCGCCGUUGGCGAGGCCAACAUCCACCACAACCUGCACUUCCACGGCCGCGAUGCCGCCUCCAGCUCGGUUGCGGUCCCCCCCGUCACUCUCCCCACCACGACUGUCCAGCCUCCCCAGCCCGUUGUUGUGACCAGCUCCGCGUCCACCGCCGUUGCUGCCACUACUAGCCUGGCUGUCGCUCCGCAGGGCACCACCACUGCUGCUCCCGUCCCCGCUGCGCCCUCGUCCGAGGCUGUUGCUCCCGCCGGUCCCUCGUCCGUGGCUGUGGUUGUGCCUUCGGCUGCUUCCUCUGUCCCGGUUGUGCCUGUUGGCCCCUCCUCCGUGCCUGUGGUCCCUGUUGGCCCCUCCUCGGUUGUGCCCGGUGCUCACUCCUCGGCCCCCGUGCCUCCGUUCCCCUACUCUUCGGCCAUCACCUCCGCCCCCGGCCCUCUCGGCACCGGCGUGACCCAGUCUGCUGGAGCUACCAGCUCUGCUGCUGGCUCCGGCUCUGGCUCUGGCGCUGCCUCGGGUGCUGAGUCCGUCUCCACCGAGUACGAGACCCAGACCUCCACCAAGGAUGUCACUCUCACCUACACUCUGGGUGCCGGUGCCUCCAAGACCGUGGUGACCACCACUGUCCACCGCACCGUGACUGACAUCCAGACCGUCUAUGUGACCCCUGGAAGCCACAGCUCCAGCACUGCCAGCGCCGGUGCUCAGGACACUACCCUCACCUCGACCUCGACCGCCUUCGCCACCUACACGCUUCUGGCUGUCCCCUCGUCCACUGGUGCCGCUGGCUCUGCCGCCACCUCUGGUAGCUCCUCCGGCUCUGCCAGCUCCGGCUCCAGCGACAGCUGCGCUCCCGUCACUGUCACUGUCCACGACACCGUCACUGUGACUGUCGCCCCUACCACUGCCGCUGCUAUCACCGCCACCCCCGACACCAACGUCGAGGUUGCCCAGCCCACCACCAGCGCUGAGGACACCACCACCAGCGCCUCCACCACUGAGGCCGCUGCCACCAGCACUGCCACCGUCAUCCCUACCCCUCGCCCUCCCUUCGGCCACAGCAACGGCACCUUCCCCUACCCUAGCGGUGCUGCUCGUCCCACUGGCUUCCAGACCAGCAGCCGCGCGGCUUUCCCCUCGCACUUCCGCCGCGUCUACUAAGGGCAUCAGCCCGGCGCCUUCGUCUGUACUGAGAAUUGAUCCGGUGGCGUAAAGCUUGCGCUGGCCCUGUACCUAUGAGAGGAUUUCGAUAUUUAUGUUUCUGGUACAAACUUGACAAUUUCUUUUUCUUCUGCUUCAAUCCACCUAGUCUAUCUUCCAUUCUCGUCUACCCGGCUAGGUACUCUACCCAGGUUGUUCCAUUCUUGUGGGAUCCGUCCCGGUCCUACCCGUUAUCCAACGAAGCUGUUUCUUCAUUUAGUUUCUCUGUGAGAACCUCUCAUGGGACAUGGAUCUUUGUACGGUGACGGGCCAGACCCGGCGCGGGGGGGUUCCUAGCUGGAGCGGACGAGAGUGUCAGGCAUCUGUUCGCUCUCGGGACAUGUGUAUCUAUGUGAAGAAUAGAUCUAAGUGGGGUUUACGACCAUCCGAUGACGAUCUUGC